AUGUCCUGUAUUUUCAUUCACUCCUUGGCCAGUUCUCGGGCUUGGCAGUGUCACGUUUCAGCAACAGGCGCGGGGGAUGCCAGCCAUGUCUUGCACGGCGCCGUGAUGCCCAGCGUGCGGCUGCCGACGCCAGCGAGGCAAGGCCGCCCAUGUGCACAUCAUGCAACCGGUGGUAAGCAGCCCCGACGGGCGUCGCACGGGAUCGAUCUACAUGCCAUGCUUCUCGUCAACCAUGCAGACGAAAUCACCGGCCCCCCCUGGCGCACCACUGAAUUAGGAAGCCCCCAGUCGCGCAUCCCUGUCAUGUAG